AUGGGCAGUUGUUUUCAGUGAACUUUGGCGUAUUCUGUGUACAAUGGUCGUAACUGGACGUUCUAUGGAACCACCUCCACUACCUGUCAAGCCGCAUCACGGACUUAGUGACUCUAACGGAGAAAACACCGCCUUCUCCGUCUCGGCAGCUAAGGCCUUUUUCGAAGCAGCUAAGAAGCCUGAGAUUCGCCAGGCAGCUGUUGCCGCGGCCAAAAACCCACUGGUUCGAAGUGUGGCCAAAUCGGCAGCGCAAAAUCCUGAGACUAGAAAUCAGCUGAUUGCUGCACUUGAAAAACACUAUGGAGGGCAAAGUGCCAGCAGCAAGCCAAGCCCGCCUUCAAAGCCAAAGCAUCAUGAAGAUGCGGCAGCGCCAUCUCCACCGCCGCCGCCGCCGCAUCGCAGCACGGCUGCGUCGCAUUCGAUGACAUCUUCAACGAAUUCCAUGACUUCAUCUGCUUCGAGUUAUUCUUCACCAACUCCACCUGCUAAAUACAAGAGUGCGAACGACUAUAAACCGUUGCCAACUGCGCCAUCUACAAGCUCCGCCUACUACGGUUCGACUUCCACCAAUGGCAACGCUUAUCCAUCAUUGGUCGAUGAGCUGCGAUCCUUGCAUGUAGAUACUCAAGGAACGAAGAAAGCGCCACCACCUCGUCCGCCUCCGGCUUCAUCAAAUAUUAGCGCUGGUACUCCUGAGCCUAUUCGUCUUCCACCUCCGAUACCGCCUACGUCGAGAAUGUUAAAUGGCAUCGCUGUCUCUCCGUCUCAGCCACAUGCUAUCGUGAAAUACUCAUUUACUGGGUCUCAUGUGGACGAGCUAUCUUGUGCAGCUGGUGAUACCGUUGUUUUAAAACGCGAUGUUGAUGAACAAUGGAUCUAUGGUAUGAAUAGCCGAACUGGUGCUCAUGGUAUCAUUCCAUUGUCUUUCUUGGAUAUUCGAGUUCCUCUGAGUUCUGGAUAUGCUUCUAACCAAGUCAUAGCCACUGCUAUCUAUGAUUUCCAAUCUGAUACUCCAGGAGAUUUGUCUUUCCGAGUAAACGACCAAAUCACAGCCACCGAACGAGUUGGCACUGAUUGGUUGCGAGGGACAUUGAAUGGUCGAGAAGGCAUCUUCCCAGCGAAUUUUGUCUCAUGCCCUGGGAUCGGUAGCCUACCGCUUACGCCAGCUUCAACUCAGCCACAAUCACUAGAGCAAAUGACUGCAGCCUAUGAUUAUUCUUCAGGCGUUGCUGGUGAUCUGGAAUUUAGGGCAGGAGACACCAUACAAGUGAUAGCACAUUUGGAUCAGGACUGGAUACGAGGACGAGUCAAUGGGCAGGAGGGUCUGGCUCCGCUAUCGUUCCUGGCGCCUUACGGUACUCCAGUCAAGAGUCCAAAAACACGAGGACUCGCAGCUAUUGCAGCUCUUGGCGGCACAGGAAAGGUAGUAACCGCAAUAGCGGACCACGCUAGUGAUGAUCCAAAAAUGCUCUAUUUUUCGAAAGGUGACAGGAUAGUCAUUGUUGAAGAUGUCGAUAGUUAUUGGUACAAAGGAAAAGUCGAAGGUUUCAAAACGCUGCCACCUGGCCUAUUCCCGAAAGCUCUAGUCAAAGAAGACUGAGGGAUAAAUCUCCAUGCGCAGCUACAGCAUAGGAUUCUCUCGAUUAGCAGCUAUUUCUAAAGAAGAUUUUUUGUCUCAGGAUCGUUCUUCGAGAAUCGAUUUCAAACAUGUACAGAUUUUUUUCCAGAUUGUGUUGUGUAAAUUUAUAAUUAAAAAGAU